UUUCAUUUUUAUUUAUCAAUUCAGUCCCUUGCUCGGACCAAAAUAAUUUUCGAUCCCUCUUCGCUUCCCUCUCUUUUCCAUCUUUGGAGGGAAAAAAAUCUCGCAAGAAAAAGAAAAAAAGAAGAGAAAAUUCAAAACUAGUUCUUCUAGCAAGCUACUGGAACAGUAAUAGUAACUCUAGCUUCUAAUUUCGUCAUUCUUCGAAUUCGUGAGCAGGUAGUGAUAGCCUAUAUUGGGAAAUUCUUCCUUGGAAAUGCAAACCAAGAAAAAAGUGUAUGGAAGAAAAGCCUCCCAAGAGCAUGCUAGUCCCAGGGUUUUGAGAGCUCCAAAGAAGGUAUCUGAAAAUGUACAAGUUGCAGAGAAGAAAGUUACAGAGCUAAUUACAUCUUCGAUCAGAAAGCAGAAAUCCGUUAAUAUUCUUUCAAAGAAAAAUGGAGAGGCUGUUGCAGCAACUGAUCUGAAAACUAGAUAUGAAUCUCUGAAUACUGAGACUGCUGGGGCCUGUUUGGAAUAUGAUUCACUCAAUGGAGUUUCUGUGGUUCAGAAGGGUUGUAAUGAGGAAACUGAAAAUGGUGUGGUGGAAACCAUAUUUUCUCCUUCCUUUCAUGUUUCUAAAGUCGCAGGUGGGGAAAUUGCCAGUGGAGUUGAUUUUGUCAACUUCUUUCGGAGUGGAGACCAGAAAUUCCAUCAACAAAGUGAGAUGGAUUGCUCUCGGAUUGGUAUGUUUGAUGGUCAAAUCUCACAAGAAGCAACUGAAUCCACUUUUGGAGGAGAUAAGAAUUACAAUGACAACAUGUUGACUUCAACAAAUAUGACAUAUCCUGAAGGAGCCAACCUUUCCUCUGAAGUCUCAGCCAUAUAUCUUGCUAUGAAAAAUUCAAAGCUGGAAUGUGUUGAUGAGCAUGGCCAAGACUCUAUGUUACCUGAUGUUUGUGUGGAAGAUGAUGAGUAUGAUGACUUUGAUGUCUUCGAUCCUUAUUUAUUUAUAAAGAACUUGCCAGACUUGUCAUCUGUGGUCCCCACUUUUCGGCCCAUGCUGCUACCUAAACAAACCCGGAGUUGCCCUCCCACUACUCUUGUUUUGGACUUGGACGAAACUUUGGUGCAUUCCACUCUUGAACCUUGUGAUGAUGCAGAUUUUACAUUCCCUGUAAAUUUUAACCUCCAGGAGCAUACUGUCUACGUUCGAUGCCGUCCUUACCUCAGAGAUUUUUUGGAGAGAGUUGCCGGUCUUUUUGAGAUCAUUAUAUUUACUGCUAGCCAAAGUAUUUAUGCAGAGCAGCUUCUAAAUGUGCUUGAUCCAAAGAGAAAAUUGUUCCGCCAUCGUGUGUUUCGUGAUUCCUGUGUUUUUGUAGAGGGCAAUUACCUAAAAGAUCUGUCAGUUCUUGGUCGUGAUCUUGCACGUGUCAUCAUAAUUGACAACUCACCUCAGGCAUUUGGGUUCCAAGUGGACAAUGGAAUUCCUAUUGAGAGCUGGUUUGAUGAUCGUUCAGAUCAAGAAUUGCUUUUACUGGUACCCUUUUUGGAGAGUUUGGUCGGUGUUGAAGAUGUGAGGCCAUUGAUAGCGAGGAAAUUCAAUCUUCGGGAGAAAAUAGCUGCUGCUGUUUAUCCUCCUUUGAAUUCAAUUAGAGGAGACCAGUUUGAAAGAUGAGGCUGGAUGUGAAUUGCUAACCUUCAAGUUAUUUGGACAGAUUUCAUCCUGUACUUUUAGACAAUUACCUUUAGAUGAUUCUCUUUGCUGAGAAGUCUUUGCAAGACUUGAAAAGAUUUGAAGUUAAUGGUGUGGUUACAACUGGAAGGAGGUGUAAUCAUGUAUCAGAAAGUUGAAACGUUUUAUGGGAUGAAGGAAUUCUUAGAUGAGAGGCUAGUUUGGAAUUAUUUUUUAUUUAAAUAAUUGAAUAAUAUAUAUAUUUUCUCA